CACAAAAUCGACGAUGUACCGCGCGCAUACGACGCGCAUGUGCUACUCCUGAAGCGUCGGGGCUGUAUACCUUCUGUGACAUUGCUGCGAAGCGAAUUACAGCAAAAAUCGCUGCAAGGAAAGGCUGCGACACAUCAAAAAGCAAGCACUGCAGCAAAAAUGGUCUGUGCAGCACGCCGCCGACGACGCCACAAGCCACGCGACCGCCCGCCCAGCAAAACCAACUUAGAGGACGGCCUCAGAGCCUGGGACUACGCCGCCGGCAGGCGGAGACAACACCAAAACAAAUCGCUGCGGCCCGGCCACGACUGCUGCGCGGUGUGCCUGCGCCUGCCGAUGCUCUCCUGCGAGGCUUGCGGGCGCGUGUCGUACUGCUCGACGCGCUGCCGCGGCCGCGACGCGCGGGCCCACGCCGCGUCCUGCGACAUACUCAAGCAGCUACCAGAGGAGUCGCUCGACGCGCUCGCGGUCGAGGAGAGCUUCGACUUUACCCGCGCUGAUUUAUCAUCGAUCGAGUACCUACCGAUGAGGCUGACAAACUGGCGCGAUCCCGCUGCCGCGCUGGCGCUGUCGUUCCCGCUCUCCGUCGCGUACGCCGUGGCGGCGUUCCCGGCGGCGGCGAGGUGCGUGGAGGCCUCGGGGGCCAUCCACUUGGUUGGGGCCGCGCCGCCGGAGGCCGCGGCGCCGGCGCAGUGGUGGGCCCGCGCGCUCGAGCGAGUGCUGCCGAGGGACAAAGGAAUCAUCGUCACGCUCGUCGGGCCCCAGGUGCCCGAGGAGACCGGGGCGCGGGCCGACCGCGGCGUCGUCGUCGCGGCACUACAAAAGUCAUACGAGGCCGCUGACCUCUGCGCGGGCGCGCUCCUCGUGGGCUUCAACAUGGGCCUCUCGGACAGCUCCUACGACUGGGCCGCGGCCCUCGACGCGGCGCGGCGGCGGCGCGCCACUGUGGUCUUCUUCUCCCCUACUCGUCUCGAGCUUUCGAGAGACGCGCGGGCCCUGAAGAAAGCUGGCGCCGUGCUCGUCUCGGGCGCGGUCUGGAACCCGUUUCAUGCCCCAAAUUGGAAGCAGAGCGGCGAGCUCGCGAACGACGUCUACCGGAAGCACAGCUGGGCGCGAUGUGCUGUUUUUAGGUCGUAG